AUGUUGCUGCCGGUGGGUCGACCCUGCGCGGAAGCGUUUGCCAGGCCCUUGGGCCCGCUGCUCAGAGCUUCCGCGCCUUCACGGACCGCGCCUGCCCGAGCGCCGCGGCAGGCGCCUUGGGCCCGGCUGCAAGCCGCGCCCUGCGCGCGGCUGUUGUGCCUUCUAGUGCUGUGGUCCGCGGCUUUGGGCCUCGGCCGGAGCUUUCUCUUCACCUCGUCCCUGGUGUCGCGUCUGAUGCUCGGAGUCUUCGGGCUCAUCUUCGCCUCGUUGGCGCGGCAGGCGGAUGGGCUCAUGGGCGUUCACGGCAUCUCGCCCCUGAGAAGAACGAAGUUCUUUGGGCGCCCCGGUCGCCUCGCGAAGAUCUGCAGCUUGGUGGCUUUGGCUGGCGCCUGCCUGCCGUGCGGCAGAUGGGGCGGUGGAUUUGCGGCCGUGGCAUUGCUUGCGCUCUCGCAGGUCUAUCGCGUGUUCCUGAAGGCAGAGUUCCUGCGUUUCCAGUGGGACACCCUGGCCGUGGAGGCCGGCUUUUGGGCGGCGCUGGCGGCUCUGCCGCCCGUGAUCGGUGCCGCUUCGGCGUCCGCUCGGAUCUGCGGAGCUCUGUGCAUGCACAGCCUACAGCAGCUGGGCUUCAAGCUGAUGUGGGGCUCCUGCCUCUGCAAGCUGAUGUCGGGGUGCCCAGAGUGGAGCUCGGGCCGUGCGAUGCAGCACCACCAUCGCACCACCUGCCUCCCCAAGCCAAUGGCACGCAGGCUGCACCUGCUCUCAGUGCGGUCUUUGCGGAUCUCUGCGAUACAGGGCCUGAUGACCCUGUGGGUCGAGGGCCCUCUCUCCUUGCUGGCGCUUCUGGGCUGGCCGUUCGGCCGAGCGGUGUGCGCCGUGCUGUGGUGCGGCUUGAUGCUGGGAAUUGCGGUAUCCGGGAACUACGGAUUCUUCAAUAUCCUCACUUGCGUCAUCGCCCUCGCGCUGCUGGACGACACCCAGCUAGGCCAAGCAACGGCCACACCCUUAUGGCAAUUUGGCAUGAUGGACGUUCCCUUGCUGACCCUCACAGCUGGUGCUUGGCUACUCUACACUGCGGCCACCUGGGCAGCUCUCUUCGAGAUUUGUGGCGCGCAAGCGCCUUCUUGGUGCGCGUCCGCGGAGCGCUGGUUGAAGCAUCGGCGACUGGCGAACCGCUACGGCCUCUUCGCGCGGAUGACCACCACCAGGGAUGAGGUGGUCAUCCGGGAGCUGCACGAGCUACCCGAAGAGCUGGGGGAGCAGGCGGCAAGGGAUGGCCUGGCGAGGAAGGAGGGCAAGAAGUUCUGGGUGGAGCUGGCCUUGCCCUACAAGCCGGGGCCUUUGAACCGAAAGCCGCCCAGCCUCUGGACCCACAUGCCGCGACUGGAUUGGCAGCUCUGGUUCGUGUCGCUGGCUUGGGCGCGGGGCCAGAAGCCCGCCUGGUUCCGCCGGUUCCUGAAACUUCUGAGGGACAGGCAGCCGGAGGUGGUGGCCUUGGUGGAGCAUAAAGCCCAGCACCCGGUGCAGAGCUACGUCUUGAGGAGGGCGCCGGAGCGAGUGCGGGUCACACUGGAGGACUACGAGUACAGCAACACUUCCGAGUCCGGCGAGUGGGAGUGCGGGCGCUGGUGGUGCCGACGGUCUUCGCCCAACAUGCCGCGGGAGGAUCCUUGGAACAUCUUCGAGCGAAUGUUGAGGUGA